AUGGUGACACUGGGCUCAGAGUCCUUGAGCUCGGCGGAGAUAUGGGAAUUAUAUCGAAUCAAGCCCUGCACUUUGCAUGUGAUGGAUGAACUGGACUGUCAUGAUGACUGCCGAUUCGGCUGGUGGAACCAUGACAGAUGUGCCCGAAGUCACUUUGAUGUCUGCGGUAAGAUAACACCUAUUGUGGCAAGAGAUGUUCUUAACGACAUCCAUGUGAUCCGUUCAACCAGCUACCUGCAAAAGGUAUAUAAGGGAUGUCUGGUGCCUACAACAGAUUAA